AUGUCUGUUGCAGGCGAUUUUACGGUACUUGAUCUUAGAUACGAACAGUCCGACACCCAUAGUCAUCAGCUAUUCGUGAAGCAGAAUGCCUCCAAAGCAACAUGUAAACAAAAACCUACCGGUCGCACAUUGUACGUGCUCAACGUACCACCAUACGCAACGGAAGAAGCUCUUAAGCAUGCAUUCUCAUCUGCUGGAGAAAUAGAACGUGUCGUGCUGCAGGAAAAACCCUCGAACAAAGAAUCCGCUCCGAUUGAAAUCAUGGACAAGCAUGUGUUUUGCUUCAAAGUGGCGUAUGUGGUGUUCGCCAAGCCGGAUUCCCUGAAAAAGCUUCUCCGAAAGAGAACGAUCAAUCCACUACACUCCGAAGCAAAUCCAUUGCUUACCGGUGUAGCCAAGUGGACCAAAACUUAUCAGGAACGUAUUCCGGACCCGGUCGCAUUACAGCAGGAGAUUGAUGAGUACAUGGCAACGUACGACCAGAAAAUAGAAGAGCAGAAAGCAAAGGAGAGCAACAACGCGGCCGAUGAGGACGGUUGGGUCACGGUAUCGAAGAAAAAUUCGGGCGUUUUUGCACAAAAACAAGUUGUCGUUAAGAAGCUGGAGAAAAAGCUCGACAAUGAUCGGACAACAAAGCAGCUGAAGAAUUUCUACACCUUCCAGAUCCGUGAAUCGAAGAAAGAUGACAUCAUCAGCUUACGGAAAAAGUAUGACCGGGAUUUGAAGAAAAUGGAACAGAUCAAGAAAGCGAAGCGAUUUAAACCUUAUUGA